GCCGCGUGGCCCCAGGACCGCCGCUGAGCUUCCCCUGCGGCUCUGGAAACAAACACGCCUUCCCUCCCGCGCCCUCCAGGGAUAUACAUAUCCAUUGCCCUGUUCGCCCUGCUCCGCCCCCGUUUUCGAGGAGCAGGACAGAGGCCCCAGCUUCGUGCGCCAGAGACCGCUCCUGACAAAUCCUGACCCUUACCAUCACGGGCGGCGGGAUCCUCUUCCUCCUCCUCUUCCUCAGCAGCCUCCCGCCAGCACUAGCAGCUCUCGGCCACCAUGGAGCUAGAAAGUGCCAUGGACGUCAACCUGAGGCCCUACAGCGUCGAGAUGAUCGGCGGUGACACCAUCACGAUCUGCCCUUACCCCUUCGUCGUCGAGCAGCCCAAGGACUACGUGCUCUGGUCGCUGUACAACUUCUCCUUCAUGAACGCCUGCUGCCUGGGCUUCGCGGCCCUCGUCUACUCCAUCAAGGCAAGGGAUUGUAAAGUCGCUGGAAAUGCUGAAGAUGCAACUAGAUAUGGCAAGAGAGCCAAGAUUCUGAAUAUCGUUGCAAUAGUUCUGGGUGUCUUGUUGUUCCUUUUGCUCUGUGGCUUGAUUGCCAGUGUUUUAAUAGCUUUACAAGAAAGAGUCCAGAAGUUGUUUGAUGAAUACAAAACGAACAUGGGGGAUGUUUUUGGAUCAGGGAGUGGAUCUGGGGCAUCCUAAACAAAUCUUUAAGCACUGGCUAUCCUUUCUUCUGCUUGUGAAAGUGCCUGCCCUGCUCGUUCAUUUGCCAAGGCAUGAGACCUUCUGCAAAGCAGUACUACUCGCAUUUAUGAAGAUGUACUGCCACUGAUUGCCUACCAUCCAGUUUGAGAUGUUUGUUGAAAAAAAUGCAAUGCUUUUAUGAGCGGUGAUUUCUCUGUCCCAAGCUCUGGAUUUGCAGCAUUUCCAGUUCUGUUACUCAUGGGAAGUGCCAUAUUCAUUUGGUUUUUCAGUAUUUUGGCAAGUCUCCAAUUCAGUAUGUGUAUUAGAGCUUUCCUUUAUUGAAAUUUUACAUUUGAUGUGAAUUCUAAGAAAAUAAAACAUAUUUUGUUA